GUUUUAUUUGACACUUUGACUUUGACGUUAGUUUUGUGGAUGUGGAGUGGACACGUAUUUUGUAUCAAAAAUUAAUUUAUUUGUGAUAAUUGUGUUUUUUAUUGUACCAGCUUAACAUUGAAUCCAAUUUACAUAGUAAUAUUAUCUAGCUUAACACUUAAUUUUAACAAUUCAGCAUGGCGAGCGUGGAACAGCCAUGUUAUACCCUUAUCAACUUCCCUACCGAUGCGGAACCCUACAACGAGAUGCAACUCAAGCUUGAUCUUGAGAAGGGUGACACAAAGAAGAAGAUUGAAGCUCUGAAGAAGACAAUCAGUAUUAUCCUCUCCGGUGAGAAGAUCCCAGGUCUUCUGAUGAUUAUUAUACGGUUCGUGUUGCCACUGCAAGACCACACCAUCAAGAAGCUGCUACUCAUCUUCUGGGAGAUCGUGCCAAAGACCACGGCAGAUGGCAAGCUCAUGCAAGAGAUGAUUCUUGUGUGCGAUGCUUACAGGAAGGACUUGCAACACCCCAAUGAGUUCAUCCGUGGCUCCACUCUCCGCUUCCUGUGCAAGCUGAAGGAGCCCGAGCUGCUGGAGCCGCUGAUGCCGGCCAUCAGAGCCUGUCUCGACCACAGGCACUCCUACGUCAGGAGGAACGCCGUACUAGCUAUCUUCACUAUUUAUCGCAACUUCGAAUUCCUCAUUCCCGACGCUCCAGAAUUGGUAGCGACGUUCCUCGAGGGCGAACAGGACAUGUCUUGCAAACGGAACGCCUUCCUGAUGCUGCUCCACGCUGACCAGGAGAGAGCACUGUCUUAUCUCGCUGCAAGGCUGGAUUCUGUGCAGAGUUUCGGAGAUAUCCUUCAGCUUGUUAUUGUCGAGUUGAUAUACAAGGUGUGUCACGCCAAUCCAUCGGAGCGCUCCCGCUUCAUCCGGACCGUGUACGGGCUGCUGAACUCGGCCAGCCCCGCGGUGCGCUACGAGGCGGCCGGCACUCUCGUCACCUUGUCCAGCGCUCCGGCCGCUAUAAAGGCGGCGGCGGCGUGCUACAUCGAGCUGGUGGUGAAGGAGAGCGACAACAACGUGAAGCUGAUCGUGGUGGCGCGGCUGGCGGCGCUGGCGGCGCGCGGCGAGGCGGCGCGCGCGCUGCCCGCGCUGGCCAUGGACGCGCUGCGCGUGCUGGCCGCCUCCGACCUGGACGUGCGCCGCCACACGCUGCAGCUGGCCUUGGACCUGGUGAGCCCCCGCCACGCCGAGGAGCUGGUGGCGGUGCUGCGCAAAGAAGCUGCGCGGGCCGCCGGCGCAGACCACGAUGAUGCUGCCAAGUACAGGCAGCUGCUGGUGCGCGCCAUGCACAGGGCGGCGCUCAAGUUCCCCGAAGUGGCGGGCAGUGUGGCCCCAGCUUUACUGGAGCUGCUGGGCGACGGCGGCGAGCCGGCCGCCCACGACGUCAUGCUGUUCCUGCGCUCCGCCUUGCACGCCUUCCACGACCUCCGCGACCAUAUCUAUCAGAAACUGCUGGAGUCAGUGUCGAGCAUCCGCGUGGGGCGCGUGGCGCGCUCGGCGCUGUGGCUGCUGGCGGAGUUCGCCGACACGCCGGCGCGUGCGCAGGCUGCGCUUGACGUGUUGGCGGGCGUCAUCCCCACGGCCAGACCCGACGACGAGAAGGAGAAAGAAGCCGUGAAGAAGGAGGAAUCGUCUGCGCCGCGCCAACUCGUGACCAGCGACGGCACAUACGCCACGCAGUCUGCAUUCAACUUGCCCACGCCGACGGCGAGCAGCAAGAGCAAGGGCCCGGCGCUGUGGCAGGCGCUGCGCGACGGCGACAGCUUCACUUGCGCGUGCGCGCUGUCGGCGCUGGCCAAGCUGGCGCUCCGGCUGCCGCCCGCGCACGCCGCCCGCGCCAUGCACCUCGCCGCCGCUUUGCUCGCCUCCUACAAACAGCCCAGCAGCGCUUCAAACGUGACUCUAACAGCGGACGACAGCGAGCACGCCGCCAUUUGCAUCUCCGCCGCCUUCAAACGACCGCCGGUGAUUCAACACGCUCUGUUGCAGACCUCCCGACAGGCGCUCGGCCAAUUACUGGCUCUGCCCGAAGCUGCGGCUCCUCAGCUGUUGCCGGAUGUCAACAAGGAGGAGCCGAAGAAGGCGGAGCGCACGGUGUCGGUGGAGACGGGCGUGCAGUUCGCGGCGCUGGCCGGCGCGGGCGCCGCCGCCGCGCACCACGACAUGUUCGAGCUGUCCUUGUCCAAGGCUUUGCAGGGUCGCAGCACAACGGGCGGCGAAGAGCGCGGGAAACUGUCCAAGGUGACCCAGCUGACCGGGUUCUCUGACCCGGUGUACGCGGAGGCCAUCGUCUCUGUCAACCAGUACGACAUAGUGCUGGACGUGCUCAUCGUCAACCAGACCGACGACACGCUGCAGAACUGCUGCGUGGAGCUGGCCACGCUGGGCGACCUGCGGCUGGUGGAGCGGCCCGGCGCCGUGGUGCUGGCGCCGCGCGCGCACGCCGCCAUCGCCGCGCACGUCAAGGUGGCCUCCACCGAGAACGCCGUCAUCUUCGGCAACAUCGUGUACGAAGUUAGCGGCGCAUCAAUGGACCGCGGCGUAGUUGUUCUAAACGACAUCCACAUCGAUAUAGUGGACUACAUACAGCCCGCAGCGUGCAGCGACGCGGACUUCCGCCAGAUGUGGGCGGAGUUCGAGUGGGAGAACAAGGUGGCCGUGAACACCAACAUAACAGAUUUGAGGGAGUACCUGGACCACCUGCUUUCCUCCACCAACAUGAAGUGUCUGACGCCUGACAAGGCCCUUUCCGGUCAAUGCGGGUUCAUGGCGGCGAAUCUAUACGCUCGUUCCAUCUUCGGGGAGGAUGCGCUCGCCAACCUCAGCAUCGAGACGCCGCUGCACAAGCCCGGCGCCCCGGUGGCGGGCCACGUGCGCAUCCGGGCCAAGAGCCAGGGAAUGGCGCUAAGUCUCGGUGACAAAAUCAAUUUGAUGCAAAAAACGCCCAUUCAGAAACCGGCGCAGAAUCCCGUGCCCAUGCCCGCGUAAACGCCGAGCACGGUAACUUAGCCAUGUUAUAAUUUUAACGAUAAAUUAUCAGCUAUGUUAUAAUUAAAAAAUGAAAAUAUCUAAGAUAUGGUAAUACUGAGUGAUUGUCUAUAGAGGUUUAAUUUUGUUUUAUAAUAUUUGAAUUCCGAGUUCGUACUUUGAAUAUAAAUUUUAAUUGGAUGCUGUGUAGUUUUAAAAAAAAAAAUCUAUAGGUAUUUUUGUCUUUGCGUCAGUAAAUUCUUUUUUCAGAAUCUACCGUACAAUACGUUUUCUUAUUUAAUUUUUUUUGUGAUAAGUGACGUUCUAUUGUUAUUUCUCUAUCAAAUACAACUUGGCUAUUAUUUUUUAAAUAUUCAUUAUGAUAUACUAAAUAAUUAUUAUCAU